AAGCAGCAGCUCAGAAGUUCUUUAUCUGAGUGGCAGCAGCCAGAGAGGGAGCCAGGCGUCGUCGUGAGGAGCUGGGAUUCUGAGAGCCAGACACACGAUUGGAGAUGUGGAAGUCUGUAGUGGGGCAUGAUGUAUCUGUUUCCGUGGAGACCCAGGGGGAUGACUGGGACACCGACCCUGACUUUGUGAAUGACAUCUCUGAGAAGGAGCAACGGUGGGGAGCCAAGACCGUCGAAGGUUCUGGGCGCACAGAACACAUCGACAUCCACCAGCUGAGAAACCAAGUGUCAGAGGAGCAUGGCGUUCUCAAGAAGAAGGAGAUGGAAUCGGGGCCCAAAGCGUCGCAUGGCUACGGAGGCCGGUUUGGGGUAGAAAGAGACCGAAUGGACAAGAGUGCUGUGGGCCAUGAGUAUGUCGCGGAGGUGGAGAAGCACUCUUCUCAGACUGACGCUACCAGAGGCUUUGGGGGCAAAUAUGGAGUUGAGAGAGACAGGGCAGACAAGUCAGCAGUUGGCUUUGAUUACAAAGGAGAAGUGGAGAAGCAUGCAUCUCAGAAAGAUUACUCCCGUGGCUUCGGUGGCCGUUAUGGGGUGGAGAAGGAUAAACGGGACAAAGUAGCCCUGGGAUAUGACUACAAGGGAGAGACGGAGAAACACGAGUCCCAGAGAGAUUAUGCCAAGGGCUUUGGUGGCCAGUAUGGGAUCCAGAAGGACCGAGUAGAUAAGAGUGCUGUUGGCUUCAAUGAAAUGGAGGCCCCAACCACUGCUUAUAAGAAGACGACACCCAUAGAGGCUGCUUCUAGUGGUGCCCGUGGACUCAAGGCAAAAUUUGAGUCCAUGGCUGAGGAGAAGAGGAAGCAGGAGGAAGAGGAGAAGGCAAAGCAGAUGGCCAAGCAGCAAAAGGAGCGAAAGGCUGUAGUAAAGAUGAGCCGUGAGGCUCAGCAGCCAGAGAUGAUUGUGGAAGAGCCAGUGGCACCGGCCCCAUUGCCCAACAAAAUCUCCUCAAAGGCUUGGCCUCCAGCAGAGAGUUGUCCAUCUUCAGAGCCUGAGCCUGUGAAAACCAGUAGGGGCCUCCCAGUGUCCUCCCUGCCCUCGAGGCAGACUAUCCCAGAGGAUGAUGAGAAUCCCCCAGCUCUGCCCCCCAGGACUCCGGAUGUCCUCCAAGUGGAGGAAGAGCCGAUUUAUGAAGCAGAGCCCGAGCCCGAGCCCGAGCCCGAGCCCGAGCUUGAGCCCGAGAAUGACUAUGAGGAUGCUGACAACAUGCACAGGCAUGAGCAGGAUGACGACGCACAGGGAGACUAUGAGGAUGUUGACAACAUGGACAGGCAUGAGCAGGAUGACGACGCAGACGGGGACUAUGAGGAUGUGAUUGAGCCUGAGAAUUCCUCCGCCCUUGCUGGAUCAUCAGGCUACCCAGCUGGGGCUAUCGGAAUCUCAGCUGUAGCCCUGUAUGAUUACCAAGGAGAGGGAAGUGAUGAGAUUUCCUUUGAUCCAGAUGACGUCAUCACUGACAUUGAGAUGGUGGAUGAGGGCUGGUGGCGGGGACGUUGUCACGGCCACUUUGGACUCUUCCCUGCAAAUUACGUCAAGCUCCUCGAGUGACUCUCACUGUUUUUUUGCCCUGUGACUCCCCAUGUCCAAAGUGGCUCUACCCCACUCCCAUUCCUGCUUCAAGUGUCUAACAGGAUGUCAUGAGUUACCUGAGGUUCUGGGUAGACUUCCUUCUCCAAUUCCAUUAAAGGCUUGGGGCAGAGUCAACAUAAUGAAGGGCGUUCCUUCCCUUAGUAUCCUCUCUACCCUGGAUAAGCCUCAGGCUGUAGAGUGGACUAGCCUGCUCAUGGACACUUAUCUUGUGGUCUUGCCUCAUCCUCCAUGAAUGUUUCCUCUAACCCCCCCCCCACCCCGGCCAAAUCUGCUGUCCUUUCUGGGAUUCCUGGUUUGCUUACCUGGGAAGGUACCUAGAGUCCCUGGUUUGUCAGGUUGUGCUGUUUGCCCACUUUCCUUUCCUGCAGAGAUAUCUCUGAAUCUUCUCUGUGCCCAGUCCUAAAGUUAAAAAUAAAAUGGGACUAUGGUUCACCCUUA